CGGGGUGGUGGCCUCCUCCCGGCGCCCCGGGGCCCUGGCCGCCGCGCCCAGCCCCCUGGAGCUCUGCGACGACGCCAACCCGGUGGACAACGAGUACUUCUUCGACCGGAGCUCGCAAGCCUUCCGCUACGUCCUGCACUACUACCGCACGGGCCGCCUGCACGUCAUGGAGCAGCUGUGCGCGCUCUCCUUCCUGCAGGAGAUCCAGUACUGGGGCCUCGACGAGCUCAGCAUCGACUCCUGCUGCCGGGACAGAUACUUCAGAAGGAAAGAGCUGAGUGAAACCUUAGACUUUAAGAAGGACACAGAAGACCAGGAAAGUCAGCAGGAGAGUGAACAAGACUUCUCACAAGGACCCUGUCCCACCGUCCGCCAGAAGCUGUGGGACAUCCUGGAGAAACCUGGGUCUUCCACAGCUUCCCGCAUCUUUGGGGUCAUCUCCAUCGUCUUCGUGGUGGUGUCUGUCGUCAACAUGGCCCUGAUGUCGGCUGAGUUAAGCUGGCUGGACCUGCAGGUGCUGGAGAUCCUGGAGUACUUUUGCAUUAGCUGGUUCACUGGGGAGUUUGCCCUGCGCUUCCUGUGCGUGCGGGACAGGUGCUGCUUCCUCCGAAAGGUGCCAAACAUCAUAGACCUGCUGGCCAUCUUGCCCUUCUACGUCACUCUUCUGGUAGAGAGCCUGAGUGGGAGUGAGACCACGCAGGAUCUGGAAAACGUGGGGCGCAUCGUCCAGGUUCUGAGGCUGCUCAGGGCCCUGCGCAUGCUAAAGCUGGGCAGGCAUUCCACAGGAUUGCGCUCACUUGGAAUGACAAUCACCCAGUGUUAUGAAGAAGUCGGCCUACUGCUCCUAUUUCUGUCCGUGGGAAUUUCUAUCUUCUCCACUGUGGAAUAUUUUGCUGAGCAAAGCAUUCCUGACACAACCUUCACAAGUGUCCCUUGUGCGUGGUGGUGGGCCACAACGUCCAUGACUACGGUGGGCUAUGGGGACAUUCGGCCAGACACCACCACAGGCAAAAUCGUGGCCUUCAUGUGUAUAUUAUCGGGAAUCCUCGUCUUGGCUUUGCCUAUUGCUAUUAUUAACGACCGCUUCUCUGCUUGCUAUUUUACCUUAAAGCUCAAGGAAGCAGCUGCUAGACAGCGUGAGGCUCUGAAGAAACUUACCAAGAAUAUAGCCACUGACUCAUAUAUCAGCGUGAACUUGAGAGAUGUCUAUGCCCGGAGCAUCAUGGAGAUGCUUCGACUAAAAGGCAGAGAAAGAGCAAGCACCAGGAGCAGCGGAGGAGAUGAUUUCUGGUUUUGAGUUCACUUUCAGUUUAUUUACAAAAGCUUGUGUAAAACUAACUCGAUCUAUAAAGCCUUGAUGUGAUUGUCUGUGUGCUGCUGCCGAGUCUCUCUUGCGUUCUCCUUGUGUUCAUUUUUGCUGAGGCGUUGCUUGGUUUGCUAGAAUAGUUCCUAUCUCCCCAACAAUGGUAUUCUGAUAUACUCGAGUCUCAAAAAUAACCAUCUAACACAACCCAAGACAACUAGACCAAUAGAACACAUCAGAAUUGGCAAAUGUAAAAUAUUGCAAUACAUACAAGAGUUAAAGUUUUAUGCAUCACUAAUUUUAAAAGUUUUUUGCAGUACUAAUUUUUAAAAAAUAAAUGUUAAACUGCCAAGCCCAGAGAAAAGAUAAGUGAACAUUUAAGAGUACACUAAACAAUUUUGUUAUUUAAAGAUAUUCCCCAAGUAAAUAAAUCACUCCUUUCUUCAUCCAGUAAAGCUGUUGAAUACAACAAUUACCUUUACAAGAGAAAAAUCCUGAUUUGUUGGUCAUUUCUUCCCUCUGGUGCAAACCCUGGUCACAAAUGGGCCGAGCUCUGUAUUCCACCAUUGUUCCAUAGAUGGGACUCCCAACUGCUUAGACUUCAGUAGAAGAAUGCUAUACAGUGGCUUCAAGAAUCACACUUCUUCAUCCCCACACUGAGGGCUAUAUGUUGAGUGUAAAGCAGAUAUCUCUUAGUAUUCCAUGGAAAUUA